AUGGCUGCGUCCUUGCAGACGAAAAUUUUUCCAAAUUGUUUUCAAAACGUCCAAAAAUAUAUAUUUAGUGCUGCUAAAAGAUUCGCACACUCAAUAGAUAAGCCCCUGGUGGUGAAAGAGCAGAUUGGAAAAGUCUGUCUCAUUGCCAUCAACCGCCCAGAGAAACGGAAUGCCGUUGACAAGGCAACAGCUAAAGAACUGGUGACAACCCUGAAAGCUUUUGAAAAUGAUGACUCUAUGCAUGUGGCAGUUUUACAUGGCAAGGGAGGGAAUUUUUGUGCUGGGUACGACCUUCAAAAUCCGGAGGAUACAUUGUCUAAUUUGAAAGAAUCUACCAACUAUGGCCAGUAUGGGCCAAUGGGUUCACCCAAGUUGUUGGUGGAUAAGCCUAUCAUUGCGGCUAUUGAGGGAUAUGCGGUCGCUGGAGGCCUGGAACUGUCCUUACUCUGUGACAUGAGGGUAGCCGAUGAGACUGCCGUCAUGGGUGUGUUCUCCCGGCGAUUUGGGGUACCCUUGAUUGAUGGUGGAACGGUUCGCUUACCAAAACUGAUUGGCUAUGCUCGGGCCAUGGAUCUUAUCUUGACAGGCCGUGCCGUGUCUGCCAAGGAGGCAAUGGAGUUUGGUCUCGUGAAUAAAAUGGUAUCAACAGGUACAGCACUAGGAUGUGCCAUCCAGCUCGCUCACAGCAUCGCCGAAUUCCCUCAGGAGUGUUUACGUGCCGACAGACGAUCAGCACAUUAUGCCACAUUCGACGCCGAAUCACUAUCGGACGCUUUAAGAUACGAGUUUGAAAACGGAAAGGAUGUAAUCGCUAGAGAAUCAAUCCAGGGGGCUAAAAAGUUUUUGGAAGGGGCUGGGCGUCAUGGGUCCUUCAAGAAUCCUGCUACCUACCGGACUAACAAAAACGAGCCAUCGUCUUCUUAACCUUUUGCUGUUCAAUUGACAAUACAGUGGUUGUACCCCCGCCACUCUUGCCGAUUUCCAUCCCACGAAUUACAGUGGUCAAAAGCCGACAUGGGGUUCUCCAGUCCUUGGAGAAGUCGAUCAUACAAACAACUCGACAUCUUUAGGACGAUUUCAAAAACGUUUUUUCGAAGAUGGGCCUGGUGAGAAAUCUUCAAUGGUCGGCGAGGAUUUCAGUUCUCCUUGGAUGUUGAUUUGAACAUGAUAUCUUCAACAGGGGAUAUAAACAGCUGCAAUUCGCAACUAGUGACACAGCAUUUAUUGUAACAAUAUGAAAUAAAGAAACGCCAGAGUGAGAU